AGAUCUAAAGGAUGACAUCCUUGUCAGCUCGACAACGUGCUGGCUUGAUGAGAAAUAAAUCCGGUGAUAGAACUCCCAGCAAAGGAGCCACAAUGAUCGAAGCUAUAAAGCUGAAGCUUCACUCGGAUCGAGGAGACACUCCAGGCGCUGCGACUGCGCCGCUGCUGUCGGCACUGGAUGGCUACACCGAAGAUGAACUGUCAGAAUAUCGACAAGUUUUCAAUAUGUUCGAUACAGAUAGAAGUGGAGCAAUCGCACUGGAUGAGUUGGAAACAGCAAUUCGUAAUCUUGGCUUGGACCAAACCCGAGAUGAGCUCGACAAGAUCAUUGAUGAGGUUGAUCAACGCGGAAAUCAUCAAAUCGACUUUGACGAGUUUUGCAUAGUCAUGAGGCGGUUAUACAUGAAGAAACGCAGCUGGAAUGAAGUUGUCAAAGAAUGUUUCAGCGUUUUUGACAGAUCCGAGUCAAGUGUGAUCUCGAAGAAGGACUUCCAAUACAUUUUGAGAGAGCUGGGCGAUAUCACAGACAAUCAAAUCAUUGAUGAAAUUUUCCUCGAGGCUGAUGUCGAUGGAAAUGGUUUGAUAGACUAUGACGAGUUUACUUACAUGGUGAAAAACUACAUGACCGAUGAUGAUAUCAACUGA